AUGUCAAUAUCAAAGGCAACAAUUUUCUAUAAAUUCAAAAGUGAAAAGAAAUUUAAGGGAUUAACUUGUGAUUUGCCAGCUCUAGUAUCACAUGUUAGGGCUAAACUACGAGUAAUUCUUCAUAUAGGUGAGGAUAUGGAGAUUUUAAUCUCUGCAAGUGAUUCUAAUGGCAAAUUGAUUAAUUCCUAUCUCUCAGAUUAUGAUGUUGUAAAUUCUGGUACAUAUUUUAAUGUUAUAAGACUCCCAAAAGAAUCUGCAAAACCUUUAUAUGAAGCUGCUAAUGCAAAGGUACAAGGAAAACAAUUACCAAAUACAAAGCCCCUUAAUUUAAUAGGAGCGCCUACUGGUUCAAUAAAUCCUUCUAAUGGAAAAACAACAGAUGAAAAUUUAAAUAUUACAUUAAAGAAUGAUUUAAAGGAUAUAAACCACAUAAAUCUAUCAACUGAAGUGACAAACUAUUCAACUUCAGAAGAUGCUGCUAUACUAUCAGUAAUGCAGCAGCACGGUGAUAGAUUUAAACAAAAUGACUCGCAAAGAAACGAGGCAUUAGAACAAUUAAAUAAUAGAUAUUAUAGGAAUAGAUAUAUAAAUCAGGCAGGAAUACUGAAUACAAAUAUUAACUAUAGAUGUGAUCCCUAUAAGAAAACUAUAAAUCAAAUACAAAUACAGAAUACAUAUAAUUCCGUAAAUAAUUCUAAAGGUAAUUCAAUUAAUAUAAUGAGUUCUAUAGAUGUUCCAGAAGAUUAUAUUUGUCAUAUGUGUGGUGAAAGAGGUCAUCAUAUUAGAGUUUGUCCUAAAGUUAAUGAAGGUGCUUCUCAAAAGAAGAUCCGACCAGCAACAGGAAUCCCAAGAAGUUUCCUUCGCCCAAUAAAUUUUGAUGAAGAAGGAAGAUUAUAUUCAGAAAUUUACUGUCUCCCUGAUGGAACAUUUGCAGUUCUUAAAGAUGCAAAACAGUUAUCUAGUACAGCUUUUUUAACUAGAACUGUUGAAGAUACUAUUGGUAAACAUAUGGGGAAGUCAAAGAAAGAUACAGGAUCUGUUAGGAAUUCACUUACUUGCCCUAUAUGUACAAGAUUAUUUAGGUAUGCUGUACUUGCUCCAUGUUGUGGUGAAACGUACUGUCAGGAGUGUAUAAUUAAUUUUAUUAGAAAUCACGUUGAUACGGCAUCGGGAGUGUCUCCGAAUACAAUCCGUGGAAUGUGUCCACACUGUUCUACAGUUAUAUCUAUUGCUGAUCUUGAACCUAAUAAUCCUAUAAGAACUAGUGUAAAUGUUGCUCUUGGUCUCCAGUCUAAUUAG